AUGGCUGAGCCAGCCCCGGACAUCGACCUUUUCCGCGCGGGCCCAGUGGGCGAGGCGUUCCGGCCGCUAGUGCCCCGCUGGUGCGUGAACGCCUCCUACGGCCUCGCCGGCUGCUACGUCGUCACCGACGCGGCGUGGCGCGCACAGGCGCCACCGGGUGGGCGGAGUGCUGCUGCAGAGGCGGCAGACACUCUCAUGUGGCAGGGGCUCGCGUCGAUUGCUCUGCCGGGCGCAGUGAUCAACCGGGUGGUCUGGGCGGCGGGCAAGGCGCUGCCGCCGUCAUCCCGCAUUCCGACGCUGUGCGGGCUGGCUGCCAUACCCGUCAUCGUGCGUCCGAUUGACCAUUUGGUGGACGGCCUGCUGGACAGCACCGUGAGAAAAUGGCUUUGA